AUGCGUGAGAUUGUUCACCUCCAGACCGGUCAAUGCGGUAACCAAAUCGGUGCCGCCUUCUGGCAAAACAUCUCUGGCGAGCACGGUCUCGACAGCAACGGUGUCUACAAUGGCACCUCCGAGCUCCAGCUUGAGCGCAUGAGCGUCUACUUCAACGAGGCCUCGGGCAACAAGUACGUUCCCCGUGCCGUCCUCGUCGAUCUCGAGCCCGGUACCAUGGACGCCGUCCGUGCCGGUCCCUUCGGCCAGCUCUUCCGCCCCGACAACUUCGUCUUCGGCCAGUCCGGUGCUGGCAACAACUGGGCCAAGGGUCACUACACUGAGGGUGCCGAGCUCGUCGACCAGGUCCUCGACGUCGUCCGCCGCGAGGCCGAGGCCUGCGACUGCCUCCAGGGCUUCCAGAUCACCCACUCGCUCGGUGGUGGUACCGGUGCCGGUAUGGGUACCUUGUUGAUCUCCAAGAUCCGCGAGGAGUUCCCCGACCGCAUGAUGGCCACCUUCUCCGUCGUCCCCUCCCCCAAGGUCUCGGACACCGUCGUCGAGCCCUACAACGCAACCCUGUCCGUCCACCAGCUGGUCGAGAACUCGGACGAGACCUUCUGCAUUGACAACGAGGCCCUCUACGACAUCUGCAUGCGCACCCUCAAGCUGUCCAACCCCUCGUACGGUGACCUGAACCACCUCGUCUCGGCCGUCAUGUCGGGCAUCACCACCUGCCUGCGUUUCCCCGGCCAGCUCAACUCUGACCUGCGCAAGUUGGCCGUCAACAUGGUUCCCUUCCCUCGUCUCCACUUCUUCAUGGUCGGCUUCGCCCCCCUGACCGCCCGCGGCUCGCACACCUUCCGUGCCGUCACCGUUCCCGAGUUGACCCAGCAGAUGUUCGACCCCAAGAACAUGAUGGCUGCCUCUGACUUCCGCAACGGUCGCUACCUGACCUGCUCUGCCAUCUUCCGUGGUAAGGUCUCCAUGAAGGAGGUCGAGGACCAGAUGCGCAACGUCCAGAGCAAGAACUCGUCCUACUUCGUCGAGUGGAUCCCCAACAACGUGCAGACCGCUCUCUGCUCCAUUCCUCCCCGCGGCCUCAAGAUGUCGUCUACCUUCGUUGGUAACUCGACCGCCAUCCAGGAGCUCUUCAAGCGUGUCGGUGAGCAGUUCACUGCCAUGUUCCGUCGCAAGGCUUUCUUGCAUUGGUACACUGGUGAGGGUAUGGACGAGAUGGAGUUCACUGAGGCUGAGUCCAAUAUGAACGACUUGGUCAGUGAGUACCAGCAGUACCAGGAUGCUGGUGUCGAUGAGGAGGAGGAGGAGUACGAGGAGGAGGUCCCUCUUGAGGAGGAGUAG